GAAUUAGAAAAAUAUAAGCAUUGACUUGACUUGGAAUUAAAAAAAAAUCUUAAAUAGUCAGAGCGGUGAAGUUUUCUCUGCUUCACUCUCUCGCUCAACACUUUCACAGUUUUGACAGGAAGGUAACACGGUUUUACAACGCAGUUUGGUGGAACUGGCACAAAUGGCUAGUUUGUUGUCGGGUGAUCCCUCACAUCAUGGAUUUUAUGAAGAUGAGUCAUCCAAACUUACUCAGGACAAACUAGAAGAAGGUGGCCGUUGGUACUUCUCUAGGAAAGAAAUUGAACAGAAUUCUCCAUCUAGACGAGAUGGAAUUGAUUGGAAAAAGGAGAGUUAUCUUCGCAAGUCAUACUGCACAUUUCUCCAAGACUUGGGCAUGAGACUUAAAGUACCUCAGAUAACAAUUGCUACAGCAAUAAUAUUCUGCCAUCGGUUCUUCCUUCGUCAAUCACACGCAAGGAAUGACAGAAGGACCAUAGCCACAGUGUGUAUGUUUCUGGCAGGGAAGGUUGAGGAGACUCCCCGUCCACUAAAAGAUGUUAUUCUUGUUUCAUAUGAAAUUAUUCAUAAAAAGGAUAAGGACCCUGAUGCAAUUAGUAGGAUCAAGCAAAAGGAGAUAUAUGAACAACAGAAAGAACUAAUUUUACUCGGGGAAAGGCUUUUAUUAUCAACUCUUGAUUUUGAUCUACAUGCCCUCCAUCCAUAUAAACCUCUUGUUGAGGCAAUAAAGAAAUUCAAGGUUGCUCAGAAUGCCCUUGCUCAAGUUGCAUGGAACUUUGUCAAUGAUGGACUGCGGACCUCUCUCUGCUUACAGUUUAGGCCUCACCAUGUUGCUGCGGGGGCCAUUUUUCUUGCCGCAAAGUUCCUCAAAGUAAAGCUUCCAUCAGAUGGUGAGAGAAUGUGGUGGCAAGAGUUUGAAGUCACCCCUCACCAAUUGGAAGAGGUUAGCAACCAAAUGUUGGAACUCUAUGAACAAAACCGAGUGCCACCUUCCCAGUGCGGUGAAGUUGACGGAAGUGCUCAAGUGGGGAGUACUCAGCGAGCAACGUCGAGAACUUUAUCCAGCAGUGAAGAAUAUCCAGCAACUAAUAGUUAUUCUCAGGCCAGUUGUACAAAUUCAAGAACUGUAAUGCCUGCAUCAACUAAGCCAGUUUCUGAGCAUUUAUUAGCUGAUAAUCAUUGUGAAUCUUCGAGAAUCACACAAAAUCGGAGUAAUGACUGGGGAAAUGUAGAGAUGGAAAUUACUAUAAAUGACAAUGCUCAAAGCACAUUGAGGUUUGGGUUAAAUGCACAUGGUAAAGAAGAUCAAGAGAGCAAUGUUGUGGUAAAUGAAACAAGAUAUGCAGGGGACUCGAAGGGCAAGGGUUUUAGUCGGAAUUUGGGACAUAGAGGAGGUUUAGUUAGCCAGUCACCACAGGAAGCUAUCAAGAAGAUUGACAAAGACAAGGUAAAGGCAGCACUGGAGAAAGGAAGGAACUCCCGAGUUGACACCCCUCGUAAAACUGAUUUGAUGGAUGAGGAUGAUUUGAUUGAGCGGGAAUUGGAAAACGGAGUUGAAUUAGCUGCAGAGAAUGAGGAAAACAAGCGUGACAAGAGGCAGAGGUGGUCUAGAUCAUCAGACAGACAAGAAUACGAGAAUUCACGUUUUGUUAAAAAUCAAGAGGAUGCUAGAGAGACCCGACGACAAUUCAGAGGACAGUCUUUACGGGGAUUGGAUUUCAGUUAUGUUGAAGAAGGGGAGGUCUCAGCGCUUCGUGACCUUAGCCAGAGUUCCCAUUCACCUAAGUCAAGCAGACGCAAGCGGAAGGUUGGAAUCUCACCUGACAGAUCAUCACAAGGAAAGCUGCGGCACAGUUACGGUUCUGGGACGAAUCAUUAUAAUCAUCAUGAUUAUGUUGAUGAUCGGAACUGGAUGGGCCGGCUUGGUUAUAUGGAGAGAGAUCAGAAAAGGCACGUACCGGAAAAUCAUGUCUGAAGUUUAGUGCUCCAUUUCUCGCUGGAGCUUUGUCUUGUCGGGAGUCAACUUCGCACAGGCUCUUGAUCUCACUGGGUUUAGCUGACUGAAAAUCUUGAGGUAUUCAAGUUAGUUUCCUACGCCAACCCUCAUUUUCUGCGAAAAUUAAUCAGAGUUCCACAUUGCAAGGUGGGUUUCCCGAACAGUACUAGUUUUAUUCUUCCCAAUAUCUCCAUUUUCGAUUAUUUGGAAUGUUAGCCUCUUUUGUAUAAUAAUAUGAUCGAGAAUCCUAUCGGAUGUAGGCAAGAAAAUAGCAAUAUCUGCUUGAUUAUUCAGUGUAUAUUCAAUCACUGAUAGAAUUAGGAAGAGUAAUUUGUAAUUUCUCUUUAUUUUCCCCGCUUUCACUAUGUACAUUAGUUCUGGAUAAAGUUAUGGCCAAAGACUUGCAUUCCCGAGUUUUUACUCAU